AUGAUGGAUGAACAGUCACUGAAUUGUCUUCUGAUUGGUAUGAAUCCGUCACAAGAAAUCCUUAAACUGAUCCUGGCUUUAUACACUCUGAAACUACCAAUUCAUUCACUACCCAAAGAGAAUAAAGCUACUCAAACUGAAGAUCCAACAAAUACGUCACUUAUCUCAGGUUAUACAGGACUGUCAUCACGAUGUGUGAGUAUUUCACAAGUGGCUUCCAGUAUAUUCAGUUCAAACAGAGAAAAUUCAAUGAACGACAGUCAAGAAAAGAAUUCAUGUCCAUUUAUUCGAGUUGUAACGCAUAAAAAUGGUAUACUCGUUCAUUUGGGCCAACUGGUCAGUUUAUCUGAGGAUCAGAAAUCAUUUAUCAUGCGCAAUGUGAUUAGUUUCGACCCGUUAAGAGUACAUGAACGAACAAUUUCAACAUUAGAACCAGCGGAAAUUCUUGCACUCACUGAAUCCAAACUUCAAAGUCAACAUGGUAAAAGGGGAAAUUUAUUGUCUGAUUAUUUACAAAAUCAAAUGAUGUUCAAUGCUUCAGAGAAGUAA